CCAAGAAAAUCUAUAUAUUCCUUCUUUCACCCAUUUGUGUACACACUAUAUAAUCCCCCACUUAUCCCUCUUUCUCUUCACCAUCCAGCCAUCUCUCUCUCUCUCUCUCUUGAAGUGUUGGAAUUUGUUUUCAACUUCCCAAGGGGGAAAAAAGUCAAAAAACAAGAAAAAAAGGGGAUUGUGUUUGUGACUUUUUAUCGAGACAAAAUCGAGUCUUUAUUUAUAAAGUGAUAUAUUUUGCAAUUAUAUGUAUGAAUAUGUACCAAUUGCAACAGUUUCAUAUUCAACCCAUGAUGAUGAAGAUGGAUAAUACGAUGAGGAAGAGGGAGAGAAGCAAGGCCAUGGAGAAAGAGAGGCUUCAUGUGAUGGACUUGAGUGGCAUGUCCUUGGAGUUUCUUCCCAAACCUUCGCUUGAUUUAGCCACCAUUUGCAAGUUGGACCUAUCUAAUAACAAUCUCCAGGAAAUUCCGGAAUCCUUAACGGCAAGACUUCUAAACGUGGAAGUGUUGGACGUGCGUUCCAACCAGCUAAAGUCCCUUCCUAAUUCCAUUGGCUGCCUUUCUAAGCUCAAGGUUUUGAAUGUCUCAGGCAACUUCAUCGAAUCCCUCCCCAAAACCAUUGAGAAUUGCAGAGCCUUAGAAGAACUGAAUGCAAACUUCAACAAGCUGAGCAAGCUUCCAGACACAAUAGGGUUUGAGCUCGUAAACCUAAAGAAGCUCUCAGUGAACUCCAACAAGCUUGUGUUUCUUCCAAGCUCCACUUCACACUUAACAGCUUUGAAGGUUCUUGAUGCACGCUUGAAUUGCCUAAGGGCACUUCCAGAGGACCUUGAGAACCUUAUCAACCUAGAAACUCUAAAUGUGAGCCAGAACUUCCAGUAUUUGGACACCCUCCCUUACUCCAUAGGGCUUCUCUUGUCACUCAUUGAACUUGAUGUUAGUUACAACAACAUCAAGACCUUGCCUGAGUCAAUUGGGUGCCUCAAGAAUCUUCAGAAGCUGAGUGUUGAAGGGAACCCUCUUACUUGCCCCCCUAUGGAGGUGGUGGAGCAAGGACUUCAUGUGGUGAUGGAGUACAUGCAUCAUAAGAUGAACUCAAGUGAUCAAAACAAAACUAAGAAAAGGUGGUGGAUUGGGAAGAUUGUGAAGUGUGGAACCUUCAAUAAACAAAUGAGAGGUGGGAAACGACCAGAAAAUGAGGGUUACAACAUGCUUAAGCACCAGAAUAUCAAUGGCCUUGCUUCCCCGGGUCUCAUGGGAAUGCUCUCACCUCUGCGCCUCUUCUCUCCCCGUCAUUCACCCCGUCGUUCCUUCGGUUGAGAAGUAACAAAAAUUAUUACAGGAUCUAUAAGACCAUUGUAUAUUUAGGGUUUCAGUUAAUUUUUAUGUGAUAUAUAAUUGAUUUUUUUAAUUUAUAAAAAAGAUAAUUAUUAGCAAAAUUUGAUUAUGUAUCAUGUAAAAAUUGCUCAAAGACUAGUAGUCUUGAUUCAUGUAAGAAUUUCUCUCAUGUUGAAUAGUUUGGUUAGCUGUGUUGAAUUCCAACAAUGAAAGGUGUCACAAUUAUGAAUGGAAGAAAUUGCGGGUUAGGUUGUAUGUAAAAUAAUAGUAUCAUUGAAUUGAAAAUGAUGGUGGGUUUGUCCGUUUGUGAAA